AAUUUAGUUUGAUUAUACCGACAUUAUAAUUGUUAAUGCAUACUAACUGCGUGAAUUAACGGUGGCAACACUGACAACGUGUUGGUCUUAUCGUGCAUGCAUGUGGUUUCCCCAUAUUCACCCUUAAAAGGAGGUGGGUCGUAGGCAGCGCGUAGCGGGGGAAGGCAACGCCUGCUCGCUGCCGAAGGGCAGCCUAUCGCGACCGGGCGGAGGAGAGGGGCACGGACUGUAAACAUGGCGACGUGCUCGGGCAGGAGUGCGCGCUGUAAGCUGCUGCGCUAGCAAGCGAGGCGCCGACGAACGUGAACAAUGGAGACCGAGGAGGAGCAGCACAUGACCACACUGCUCUGCAUGGGCUUCCCGGACCCCGUCGCCAUCCGGAAGGCUCUUCGCUUGGCCAAAAAUGACAUUAACGAGGCGGUGGCUCUUCUGACGAACGAAAGCCCCGGACUCGGAUACGGCUACGAGCCGAUGGAGAGUGGCCCUGCCCCGGGGCCCGGAUCCGGUGGGGACGGAGAGAGUGGUGGCGGUCGCAGCGGGACCGGUACGGGAGGAUUUGACCCACCUCCCGCUUACCACGACGUGGUGGAGGGCGAACAAAGAAGUAACGAUGAAAAUGGCAACUGCUCGGAUGGGAACAUGGAGUUUCCAACCACCAACCUAUACGAGCUGGAGGGUCGCGUCUUCACCGACCACUGGUCCAUCCCCUAUAAGCGAGAGGAGUCACUGGGCAAGUGCCUCAUCGCUUCCACGUGCCUGGCCAGACUCGGUCUUGCUGAUGCCGAUGAAAAUUGCAAGAGAUUCAUGGACAGGUGCAUGCCAGAGGCCUUCAAAAAGCUGCUGACUUCUAGCGCUGUGCACAAGUGGGGCACAGAGAUUCACGAGGGCAUCUACAACAUGCUCAUGCUGCUGGUGGACCUGGUGGCGGAGAGGGUCAGGCAGGAACCCGUCCCCGUGGGGUUGAUGAGCGUCCUGACCAUGGCCUUUAACCCAGACAAUGAGUACCACUUCAAGAACCGUAUGAAAUCUUGUCAGAGGAACUGGCUCGAGGUGUUCGGUGAGGACAGCAUGUUUGCUGUCUCCCCCACAUCCAGCUACCAGAAGGAGCCGCAUGGCUGGCUAGUGGAUCUGGUCAACCGAUUUGGCGAGAUGGGAGGAUUCACUGCAAUCCAAGGCAGGCUGAAUGCUGAAGAGAUCGAAAUCGGGGAUGUGUCUGCCCUGGUCCAGCCCCUGGGCGUCUGUGCCGAGUACCUGAACUCCAACCUGGUGCAGCCCAUGCUGGAUCCCGUCAUCCACAAGAUGAUCACCUACGUGCAGAACCUGGAGGAGAAGGAUCUGAAAGACAAGCGCCUGGCCAGUAUCCCAGAGCUACUGUCGGCCAUCAAGCUGCUGUGCAUGCGCUUCCAGCGGGACCUGGUGACGGCUGUGGACGACCUGCGGCUGGACAUCCUGCUGCGCAUGCUGAAGACGCCUCACUUCAGCGCCAAGAUGAACUCGCUGAAGGAGGUGACGAAGCUGAUCGAGGAAAGCACUGUGUCCAAGACUGUGAAAAACGCCAUCGACUCAGACCGCCUGCUGGACUGGCUGGUGGAGAACUCAGUGCUGUCGAUAGCUCUGGAAGGGAACAUAGAUCAGGCGCAGUACUGCGAUCGCAUAAAGGGAAUCAUUGAACUCCUGGGAAGCAAGCUUUCCCUGGACGAGCUCUCCAAAAUCUGGAGGAUACAGGCCGGCCAGUCUUCCACAGUGAUUGAGAACAUCCAUACCAUAAUCGCAGCUGCAGCAGUGAAGUUUAACUCCGAUCAGCUUAACCACCUCUUUGUCCUUAUUCAGAAGAGCUGGGAGGUGGAGAGUGACCGGGUUCGACAGAAACUCCUCAGUCUAAUCGGCAGGAUUGGCCGGGAAGCUCGCUCAGAAGGCACGACAGGCAAAGUGUUGGAGGUGCUGUGGGAGCUGGCUCACCUCCCCACCCUGCCCACAGGCCUGGUGCAGCAGGCCCUGGAUGAGCAUCUAGCCAUCCUGAGCGACGCCUACGCGGUCAAGGAGACUGUGAAGAGGAGCUACAUCAUCAAGUGUAUUGAGGACGUCAAGAAGAUACAAUUACAAGAGGAAACAAAAUCUUCCAGUGAGUCUCAAAUCUCUUUUCGCACUGGUUCCUGGGGCAAGAAGAAGCCAGGCUCUGUGUUCAAAUCCUCCCAGCAGAGCAGCCCCCAGGUGGUAUGGGUGGUACCAGCCCUUCGGCAGCUCCAUGAGAUCACCCGUUCCUUCAUCAAGCAGACCUACCAGAAGCAGGACAAGAGCAUCAUCCAGGACCUGAAGAAGAACUUUGAGAUUGUCAAGCUGAUCACAGGGAGCCUGGUGUCCUGUCACCGCCUGGCUGUGUCUGUCGCCGGGCCUGGGGGACUGUCAGGAUCCACCUUGGUAGAUGGCAGAUACUCCUACCAGGAGUACCUGGAGGGACACCUGAGGUUCCUGGCUUUCUUCCUGCAGGAAGCCAGCCUGUACCUGGUGUGGAACCGUGCCAAGGAAGUGUGGGAGUGCCUGGUGACCAGCAUGGAUGUGUGCGAGCUGGACAGAGAGAUGUGCUUCGAUUGGUUCACCAAGGGCCAGCAUGACUUGGAGAGUGACGUGCAGCAGCAGCUUUUUAAGGAGAAGAUCCUUAAGCUGGACCCUUACGACAUCAGCAUGAACGGGUUUAAUCUCUUUAAGACAUUCUUCGAGAAUGUCAACCUGAGUGACCAUCGGCUGAAACGCCAGGGGACACAGCUGUUCGUGGAACGCCUGGAUCUCAUCGGGAUGGACUUCAUCUGGCGGAUGGCCAUGGAGUCCCCUAACGAAGACAUCGCCAAUGAGGCCAUCCAGCUUAUCAUCACGUACAGCUACAUUAACCUCAACCCCAAGAUGAAGAAGGAUUCUGUAUCCCUUCACAAGAAAUUCAUCGCUGACUGUUAUAAGAGGUUAGAGGCAGCCAGUUCAGCACUUGGGGGGCCGACGCUGACUCAUGCCGUUACCAGGGCAACCAAGAUGCUGACGGCAACGGCCAUGCCCACUGUCGCCACCUCUGUGCAGUCUCCUUCCAGGUCGUCAAAGCUGGUGAUCAUUGAAAGGUUACUGUUACUUGCAGAGCGAUAUGUUAUUACUAUCGAGGACCUAUAUUCAGUUCCUCGCACCAUUCUACCUCACGGAGCCUCGUUCAACGGGCACCCCGUCAUUCUCCACAUAACCUACGAAUCUACCAAAGACACCUUCACUCUGGAGGCGCAUAGCAACGAAACCAUUGGAAGCAUAAGGUGGAAGAUGGCUGAGCACCUGAACUGCCCUGUGGACAAUGUUCAGAUAUUUGCCAAUGAUAGCAUGCUCACCAUGAACCGGGACCAGAAGCUGCUGAACCAACUGGGCUUCUCUGACGAGCAGAGCCUGACGGUGAAGAGCUCGAGCACGGGCACCCCCUCGGGGAGCUCGGCCGACUCGUCUGCCAGCGCCAGCAGUGCCAGUAGCGGCGUCUUCAACUCGGCCUACGCCAUGGAGCAGGAGAAGUCUCUGCCAGGGGUAGUGAUGGCUUUGGUAUGCAACGUGUUUGAGAUGCUGUACCAGCUGGCCAACCUGGAGGAGCCCAGGAUAACCUUGCGGGUACGUAAGCUGCUGCUGUUGAUCCCUACGGAUCCCGAGGUUCAGGAUGCAUUGGACAACUUUGUGCCUAAAGAAUCCAGUCUCUGGAGCCACCAGAAAACCCUCUUUACAUUGGGCUCGGGGUCCCAAGCCUCCAAGUCCCCGUCUCUGUCCUCCAAACAGCAGCACCAGCAGAGCGCAGCCUCCAUCCUGGAGUCCCUGUUUCGCUCCUCUGCACCGGGAAUGUCCACCUUCAGGGUUCUGUACAACUUGGAGGUGCUGAGCUCCAAACUGAUGCCGACGUCUGAUGAUGAGAUGGCCAAGACCAGCGUCAAGUCCUUCUGCGAGAACUUCCUCAAAGCGGGAGGCCUCAGCCUGGUGGUGAACGUGAUGCAGAAAGACUCUAUACCAUCAGAGGUAGACUAUGAGACCAGACAGGGCGUUUAUUCCAUCUGCCUUCAGCUUGCACGGUUCCUCCUGGUUGGGCAGACCAUGCCUAGCAUCCUGGACGACGAGCUGGCCAAGGAGGGUCCGGAUGCGCUGUCGUCGCGGCCCUUCCGCAACGCGAGCCGGCAGGCCGGCCGGCAGCUGUCGCUGUGCGGCACCCCAGAGAAGGCCUCCUACCGGCAGGUGUCGCUGUCCGAGCGCUCGUCCAUCCGCGUGGAGGAGAUCAUCCCUGCUGCUCGUGUGGCCAUCCAGACCAUGGAGGUCAGUGACUUCACUUCCACGGUGGCCUGCUUCAUGCGGCUGACAUGGGCAGCGGCCGCUGGCCGCCUGGACCUGGUGGGCAGCAGCCAGCCAAUCAGGGAGACCGCCACCUCUCUGCAACCCGCAGGGAUCCGCAGCCGGCUUAGCAGCACAGGCAGCAACUGCAGCUCCAGCAGCGAAGGGGAAGUCACCAGCCUGCACGCCGGCAUCUGCGUCAAGCAGCCGUGCGUGUCCAUCAAAGACACCAUCAUCGCCCGGGAGGCGCUGUCGCUGCUUGUCACCUGCCUGCAGCUGCGCAGCCAGCAGCUCUGCUCCUUUUACACCUUACCCAGCGUGACUGACUUUAUCAUUGACCUGCUGCUCGGCUCCCCGAGUGGAGAGAUCCGGCGUGUGGCCUGUGACCAGCUCUACACGCUGAGCCAGAGUGACACCUCGGCCUACCCAGACCUGCAGAAGCCCAAUCUCUUUCUCCUGAACGUCAUCCUGACAGCUCAGCUGCCCCUGUGGUCCCCAACCAGCGUCAUGAGGGGCAUCAACCAGAGGUUACUGUCUCAGUGCACCGAGUACUUUGACCUGAGGUGCCAGCUUCUGGACGACCUGACUUCGACGGAGAUGGAGCAGCUACACAUCAGCCCAGCAGCCAUGCUGGAGGAUGAGAUUAACUGGCUGGACAACUUCGAGCCGAGCUGGACGGCGGAGCUGGAGACGAGUGCCGCCGACAACAUCCUGCUGGCAGGUCACCUGCGACUCAUCAAGACGCUGCUGUCGCUGUGCGGCACCGAGAAGGAGCAGCUGGGCUCCUCCCUGAUUCAGCAACUUUUAGACGACUUCCUCUUCCGAGCAUCACGCAUCAUCCUGAACAGCAACAACCCCGUGGGCUCCUCCGCUCCCAGCCAGGACUUCCACCCCAAGUGCAGCACGGCGAGCAGCCGGCUGGCUGCCUACGAGGUGCUGGUGAUGCUGGCAGACAGCUCCCUCACCAACCUACAGCUAAUCACCCGUGAGCUGCUCUCCAUGCACCACCAGUCCGACUCGUCGCUUAGCAAGGAGUUCGACUACCUUCCCCCAGUGGACAGCCGUUCCAUUUCUGGAUUCGUGGGUCUGAAGAAUGGAGGCGCCACCUGCUAUAUGAAUGCAGUCUUCCAGCAGCUCUACAUGCAGCCUGGACUGCCCGAGGCGUUCCUGUCUAUAGAGGAUGACACUGAGAACCCAGAGGAGAGUGUGUUCUAUCAGGUCCAGUCCCUGUUUGGGCAUCUCAUGGAGAGUAAGCUGCAGUACUAUGUCCCGGAGAAUUUCUGGAAGAUCUUCAAGAUGUGGAACAAAGAGUUGUAUGUGCGGGAGCAGCAGGAUGCUUACGAGUUCUUCACCAGCCUGGUGGACCAGCUGGACGAGCACCUCAAGAAAAUCGGCAGAGAGCAGAUCUUCAAGAACACCUUCCAGGGCGUCUUCUCCGACCAGAAGAUCUGUAAGGACUGUCCACACAGGUACGAGCGGGAGGAGACCUUCAUGGCCCUCAACCUGGGCGUGACGUCCUGCCAGAGUCUGGAGAUCUCGCUGGAUCAGUUUGUGCGUGGCGAGGUCCUCGAGGGCAGCAAUGCGUACUACUGCGAGAAGUGCAAGGAGAAGAGGACCACGGUAAAGCGAACUUGCAUCAAGUCCCUCCCCGGCGUGCUGGUCAUCCACCUUAUGCGCUUCGGCUUUGACUGGGAGAGCGGCCGCUCCAUCAAGUACGACGAGCAGAUCCGGUUCCCCUGGGUACUAAACAUGGAGCCCUACACUGUGUCCGGGACGGCACGUCAGGACUGCAGCGCCGACCACGGAGAGAAUGGGCGGUCCGGCGAGCCGGGCUUGGGGGGGUCACCCCGGAAGAAGGUCACCAUCUCGGAGAACUACGAGCUGGUGGGCGUGGUGGUGCACAGUGGGCAGGCCCAUGCUGGACACUACUACUCCUUCAUCAAGGACCGACGGGGCGCUGCUCGGGGCAAAUGGUACAAGUUCAACGACAACGUGGUGGAGGAAUUUGACAUGAACGACGAGACGCUGGAGUACGAGUGCUUCGGGGGCGAGUACAGGCCUAAGGUGUACGACCAGUCCAAUCCAUACCCCGAUGUCCGCAGACGUUACUGGAACGCAUACAUGCUCUUCUACCAGCGCAUCUCGGACCAGAACUCUCCCGUCUUGCCCAAGAAGAGCCGAGUCAGCGUGAUGAGGCAAGAGGCGGAGGACUUGUCCCUGUCAGCGCCGUCGUCACCCGAGAUCUCGCCCCAGUCCUCCCCACGCCCCCCCCGGGCCAACAACGACCGGCUGUCCCUGUUAACACGCCUGGUCAGGAAGGGAGAGAAGAAAGGCCUGUUUGUGGAGAAGAUGCCUGCUAGGAUCUACCAGAUGGUGAGGGAUGAGAACCUCAAGUUCAUGAAGAACCGGGACGUUUACAACAGCGACUACUUCAACUUUGCCCUCUCCCUGGCGUCUGUCAAUGCAACCAAAUUGAAGCACCCCUUGUAUCAAGAGAUGGCCAAGGUCAGCGUGCAGCUGGCCGUCAACUUCCUGUUUCAUACAUACCUUCGUACCAAGAAGAAGCUCAGGGUUGACACAGACGAGUGGAUAGCCACAGUUGAGGUGCUUCUGUCCAAGAGCAGCGAGGCCUGCCAGUGGAUGGUGCAGUACCUAGUGAGCCCAGAAGGACGUGAGAUCAGCAAGGUUUGCCUGCUGGAGUCCAGCGUGCGGGAGGUCCGUGUCGUGGUGGCCACAAUCCUGGAGAAGACACUGGAGAGCGCCCUCCACUUCCAGGACAAGGGCCUGGACGCGCUGCUGGAUGUGCUGCUGUCCCUGCUGGACAAGGACGUCCCAGAGAACUGCAAGAACUGCUCACAGUACUUCUCAUUGUUCAGUAACUUCUUACAGAGGGGUUACGGGCCGUGUCAGCUCCUGCUGAAGCAUGCUGCCUACCGCCGAAUGCUCGUCUUCCUGCUGGGGCCUCACAGGCAGAAUAACCAGAACCGGCGAUGGAGUUCUGCCCAGGCCCGUGAGUUCCUCCACCUCCAUAACUGCCUAGCCCUGCUGGUGCUCCACUCAGACGUUUCCAAACACAGGACAGUGGCCCCGGGUCCCCACAAGCUAUCUGCCAGCAGCGGCAUCUCCUGCCCCGGCCCCCUCCUGCCACUGCAUGCCGACAUCGAGGCACUGCUCUUCAAGCCGGAGGGGCAGCCCUAUCUGCUGGAGGUGAUGUUCGCCAUGCGUGAACUGUCCGGGCCGCUCUCCUUCCUCAUCGAGAUGAUCAUCUACUGCUGCUUCUGCAAUGAGCCCUUCUCUCUGGGCGUGCUGCAGUCGCUAAAGAAUCAGCUGGAGACGGCACCUCCCCACGAGCUGAAGAAUGUCUUCCAGAUGCUGCUGGAGAUCCUGAUGGUGGAGGACCCCCUGCAGUCACAGAGGCUCAAGUAUGCCUUCGAGUCUGAGAAAGGGCUUUUGGCUCUAAUGCACCAGAGUAACAACAUCGACAGCAGCCGCUGCUAUCAGUGCGUGAAGUUCCUAGUCACCCUUGCUCAAAAAUGUGCCCCAGCCAAGGAUUACUUCAAAGAGCUGUCGGGCCACUGGAGCUGGGCAGUGCAGUGGCUGCAGAAAAAGAUGUCAGAACACUACUGGACCCCCCAGAGCAACGUUUCAAAUGAAACAUCAACUGCCAAAACCUUCCAGCGCACAAUCUCAGCACAGGACACGCUGGCCUACGCCACAGCUCUCCUGAAUGAAAAGGAGCAGUCGGGCAGCAGCAAUGGCUCCGACGGCAGCCCCGCCAACGAGAACGCCGAGCGCAGCCUGAGACAGGGCUCAGAAUCUCCCAUGAUGUUAGGAGACUCCAAGAGUGACCUGGAAGAUGUGGACCCCUAAUAAUAAUAUCUACCAGCAAUGGGAGAGCGCCCCCUGCAGGAGGCACUUGGCAAUCCUGGUUGGACAAGAGGCAUCUUUAUACUGAGUUCAAGAAGACACAAGAGGGGUCUGUGUGGGAGUGACGUUACUGGUCAGGACGUUUCCUUCCCAUUGGGCGUUAGGAGACGCCACACCUGCAAAGGACCUCCCUUCUGGCUGUGGUCAGCAGGGGUUGCCCUGCUCAAAUACAGGAGUCACUGGCCUCAAAUUUAUAUAUAUAUUUUUUAUCUAAGCUGAUCAUCACUAAGGGGCUACAAAGUUUUAUUAUAUAAUAAAACAAUUCAUGGACUAAAUCCACCCAUGAGCAUAGAGGCAAGGUUUAAUUAGUUCAAAAAUCAAGUAUUGCGUUUAUUUUGUUUUUUUGUUUUUUGUUUUUUUUUUUAUUCCAUUAAACUUGGUAUUUGCCAAUGUAAUUAAAUGGUAGAUAUUCCAAAUGCUGUAAAGAUUUGUUCUAUAGCUCUAAUUUCAAAUGUUACAUAUUUUAAAGAUCCUAUUUUCUUCUGAGUUGAUUUAUGGGAAAAAAUACUUGUAUGAUCUUCUCCAGGAGGGACCCACCAAUGUUUGUGAAUGUUAAAACAAAUAUAAUUACUAAUCCUGUUCUUAUGCACUUUAAGGUCAAUUUUAGUCUAUAUCUGAUGAAAGCAACUUUGGCUGGUGUCCUUCUGGGAGUAAGAUGCCUUUUUUUAAUAUGGUUUAAUUUGUAUGAGGGCAGAGGCUUGCAAACAGAUUCGCUGUGUGAAAAACCCAGUUUCAGUGGGGAGGUGAUUGAGGUGCUAUAUUAACUUCAGGUGUUCUGGAACAUAAACUGUAAGUCAGUUGCCUGGCCGGGCUUCUGCUUCGGACGCGUUGAAUGUGUCUCGCAGAAACGCAAGAGAUCUUGGGAGCCUGGGUCGGCUUGGAGCCGGAUUGAACCCGGCGGACAGUCUGAAGGUGCGUAAAUGCAGCAGAGAGCAUCCGGUGGCCUGCGAAGAGGCGGCGUCACCCAACACGACAGCCGGUGUGGCGGCCGACUGCUGCAGCAUCCAUCACCCUUGUUUUUACUGUUGUGAUUUCAGUUAUGAAAUCUCCAGACUGCCUAUAGGAACUUUUUGUUUGCAAUGCCUUAUGGGAUUGGAGCAGGGUGUGCUUUUGGCGGUAGUCUAGCAUGAGAGAGCACAGAGGUCAUAGGUGCCAACGUAUUAGAGGUCCUCUACUCUCCAUAUGCAGUGUCCUCCCUCCCUAGCGUGUGCCUCACGCUAUGGACUCCCAUGCAGGUACCCUUCCCGUGUCUGUGUUUGCUGUGUCGUCUGGUAUGGAGAUCACGUGACUUUCCCAAGGGAUACCCAGGCUAUGGAGUGGCCAGUGGCAGCCCGCCUCUCCCUCGGGUCCCUUUACCCCUCAAGAGAUGCAGGGGCUUUUCACACGGCCUGCCCGUCACCGUCGGAAGGAUGUUCAGAGGGAGGUCCAUGUGCUGAGCCUACAUGGUUAGUGUGCGCUGCCAGGUUUAGUGUGUUAAUGUUGCAGCUUCAUCUGCCUUAUCUUCACACCUAUGUGCACAAAGUUGAAGGGAGAGAGACGGAAAGAGAGAACCUUUUUCUUUAUUAGUUUAUUUUUUGCUUGGAACCCACUGAACAGAUCUUUCACCUUAGCCUUCCUGACAGUAAGAAGGCUUGGUGAUGUAAUCUCCCCUCCCUUUGGUCGUCAUUAGUGCUGAAAAGCACAGCAGGGAGAAUGAGUGACACAUGUGGGGGUUCCUGGGGUACCCUUCGGCAGUAUCACAGCUGUCUGUGAUUGGUGUUUUUUUAGCAAAGGAAGGCGGGACCUGGUCGCCUUUUAAUAUUGAAGCUACCCAUAAGGUGGCUCAGGCCGCACAUGUGGAACGGCUCAGCGCCUUCAGAGGAAUCGUAACCUGCUGCUCCUUCUGUCAGGGACAGCAGUGGGGUGAUUGAUGCACUGAACUAUAUGAACAUUGAAAAGGGAUGUAAGCAUUUAAUUCUGCUGAUGUUAAGUGUUAUGUUAUGGAAGCAGCUGUAUAGGGGGUGGCUACCCACUACACUUGGAUGCCUGUGGCUUGAAUUCACCUCAUGACUGUAAGUGAGUCUCUCUCGCUCUCUCUCCCUCUCAAACUGAAUGUUUUCUGAAUUAUUUUUAUUUUUUUUUAUUUUUUUUUUUUGCUUAUGCCUUUGUGUGUAAUUGUGGUUUCCAGAGCUUCACCUCUUAAACAUCAGUUUAUUGGUAAACCUAGUGAGGAAUCUGUGGGAAACCAUCUUGAUAUGCAACUUUAAAAAAAAAAAAAACUCCAGUUCCCUCAUUGCACAGUGUACCUGAUAGAAUAGUAACGCGAUUACAGCUGACGGUGAGCGUGUGAACAGGGCAGAUGAUGUCCCAGCUCAUCACUCCGUAUCCCUUCUGUAUAAGGCGCUGAUGUUAACACACUUUUCCCCCUCCCUCUGACACCUUUCGUUUCCAGAGGAUUUAUCUGGAUGACAAGCUGAUGUGUUUAGAAAAAUAAAACGUGCAAUCGGAAAA